AUGACGACGACGCUCACCCUGGAGCCCGCGGGCUGCUGCUGGGACGAGCCGGUGCGCAUCGUCGUGCGCGGCCUGGCCCCUGAGAAGCCGGUCACGCUGUGCGCGUCCCUGCGCGACGAGACGGGCGCGCUCUUCGGGGCCCACGCGCGCUACCGCGCCCACGCCGCCGGCCAGCUGGCCGCGGGCGGCAGCUUCGCGGGGCUCGAGCCCAUGGGGCUGCUCUAGGCCCUGGAGCCCGAGAAGUCUUUCUGGCGCUUUCUGAAGCGCGACGUGCGGACGCCCUUCGCUGUGGAGCUGGAGGUGCUGGACGGCCACGGACCCGAGGCCCGGCGACUGCUGGGCCAGGCGGUGCACGAGCGCUACUUCCUGCCGCCCGGAGUGCAGCGGGAGCCGGUGCGCGCAGGCCGCGUGCGCGCCACGCUCUUCCUGCCGCCAGGACCUGGACCCUUCCCAGGGAUCAUUGCCAUCUUUGGUCUCGGAGGGGGCCUGUUGGAGUAUCAAGCCAGCCUUCUGGCUGGCCAUGGUUUUCCCAUGUUGGCUCUAGCUUAUUAUGACUUUGAAGAUCUCCCCAAGCAACUGGACAACAUACACCUGGAGUACUUUGAAGAAGCCCUAUGCUACAUACUUCAGCACCCCCAGGUAAAGGGCCCAGGCAUUGGGCUUUUGGGCAUUUCUUUAGGGGCUGAUAUUUGUCUCUUAAUGGCCUCAUUCUUAAAGAAUGUCUCAGCCACAGUUUCCAUCAAUGGAUCUGCAUUCAGUGCAAACAGAGGCAUAUACUAUAAGCACACUAGCAUCCCACCAUUGGGCUACGACCUGAGGAGAACCAAGGUAGCUUUCUCAGGCCUCCUGGACAUUGUGGAUGUAUGGAAUGAUAUGGUCGGAGGGUUUGAGAACCACAGGAUGAUUCCAAUAGAGAAGGCCCAGGGGCCCAUCCUCUUCAUUGUUGGUCAGGAUGACCACAACUGGAGGAGUGAGUUAUAUGCUCAAGUAGCCUCUCAACGGUUACAGGCACAUGGAAAGGAAAAACCCCAGAUCAUCUGUUACCCUGGAACUGGGCAUUACAUCGAGCCUCCUUACUUCCCCAUGUGCCCAGCUUCCUUUCACAUAUUACUGAACAAACCUGUGAUCUGGGGUGGGGAGCCCAGGCCUCAUUCCAAGGCCCAGGUAGAUGCUUGGAAGCAAAUUCUGGCCUUCUUCUGCAAACACCUGGGAGGUACCCAGAAGAGAGCUAUCCCCAAACUGUAA